AUGUCAGCGGUGACACCGAUCCAGCUGUCAUCCGAACACUUAGGAAUUAUUCGCGCCCCCGUGGACAUCCCUGCCGAAUCCUUAGAAGCAUGCAACAAGCUUCUUCAGAAGAACCAUGAAGUCUACCAUAUGUUUUUCCGUGAUACUGUUGGUCACAACCAUAUCGUUCACAGUCUCUUGACCGUUCUUGCAUUGGGAGCUACUCCUCAAGAACUACAAGAUCGCUACGAUGAUGGAACACCCAUCCAACGACCCAUUCCCGAAAUCGACAACGCAUUGCUCCAGAAAUUAUCGGACGAUAAAGUCUUCUUUAACGCUAUCGGCGAAAUUGCACAAUACCACACGUUUCUCGAAUUCUUCAAGCGCGAAAUUGCCGCCAACGGGUGGAAAGAAAUCACCCAAAAGUAUGUCUUUACACGAAACAAACUUGGGGACAAGAUGCUCGCCCGUAUGUACGAGGGUGCUUAUCACCCAAUCAUCCACCUCGGUCUGGGUAUAGAAUUCCAGUCUGAGGCUAUCAUUGCUGAGGCGCUUGCCCAGGCCGCCGCUCACGACGAUGCCAACAUUGGCAAAUUGUUCCUGAAUGCAGAACAAGAAGCGGCUAUUGUUUACCCUAGAGCCAAACCCAACUCCAUGAUUCAAUUGAUCCAUGAUGUCCGCAACAAUGAUAGAAUCCGCACCGCUCCUCAAUGGACCGACUUCGGUUUCAAGAUGCGUGAUGGUAUUGUCGGCCGUGCUUGCGAAGAAAUGCAGUCUGUUGCUGCUCGGUUUUGCAUUAAGCCCACGGAAGAGGACCUUGAACGGCGGACAGCAGAGAUGAUAAGUACAGUCGCAUAUUUCUCUGGUGCAGCACAGCAUGAGGGUCGCAAAAGAAAGAUCGACUUUUUCAACAUGCACUGUGUCACUAGCAGCAUCUUCUUCACCAUCUUGAUCCGCCAGAAAUGGAUUAAGCUGGAAGACCGUAUCCGUCUCGUCGAGUGGAAAGCACGACUUGACUUGGCAUGGUAUGCAGUCUCCGGAUCAGCACUACUAGACCGCAAGGCCAUCACUGAUUACUCUAAUCCGGAGAGCGACAAUAUUGGCUGGGCCGAGUUAUUCAGUGCUGUCAACAAGGAGCACGAUGACGGUCACGCCGCCAAAUACAUCCGAGCGCUCAAGAACGGUGAGGAAGUCUGCGAACAAUAUGAGCAAGGUGAAUGGGAGGCAUACUUCCCCAUGAAGGGUGAUAUGUGGUUAAAGCUAGUCAGGAUGUGCCAGGACACCACCAAGAACCUUCAUACUGAUCUGAAGUGGGUGCCAUUUACCGGCUUUGAGCAGCCCUGGAAGAGACCUGAUUUGGCGAACUAG